UUACAAACAGGCAUCAACAGCGUGUACCUUCCGACUAACCGUCAUAUACAAUCAUCUUCUAGUCCUCGCUUCACAAUCCAUAUAAUCGUAGAGAUGGCAGAAUCUGGGUCUGCUCCUGCUGACAAGUCCGUUCAGGUUAAGCUUGUUCUUCUAGGUGAAGCUGCGGUUGGAAAGUCAUCUGUCGUGCUUCGUUUCGUUUCCAACGAAUUCCAGGCCAAUAAGGAGCCUACCAUUGGUGCCGCCUUUUUGACUCAAAAAUGCCGUUUGGAAGACAGGGUGUUAAGAUACGAAAUAUGGGAUACAGCGGGACAAGAAAGGUUUCACUCUCUAGCUCCUAUGUACUACCGAAAUGCUCAAGCAGCCGUAGUCGUCUACGAUGUAACAAAGGCCACGAGUCUCGAGAAGGCCAAAUCAUGGGUCAAGGAGCUUCAGCGGCAAGCCAAUCCUAAUAUCGUUAUCGCAUUAGCUGGCAACAAGGUUGAUCUCGUACAACCCUCCGCGUCAUCGUCUGGAAAUACAUCAGAAUCUGAAGACGAAGCUGACGAUGCUACAGCCACUCCGGGAGAGGCACCGUCGCCUGGUGAAUCGGAAAGCCUGAGGCAGGUUCCCACUGAGGAAGCGCAGGCGUAUGCGACAGAGGCUGGUUUGCUCUUUUUUGAGACUAGCGCCAAGACUGGCGAGGGUAUCGUUGAUUUAUUCACGGAAAUUGCGAGAAAGAUUCCCAUCGAGCAUAUUUUGGCAUCUACCCGCGGUGCGGGUAGAGCUGGGACAGGCGCAAACCGAGCAGGUGCCACACGACAAGAGGGUGGUGUGAAUUUGGAAGAAGGUGCGAAGCCGAAGGAUGCUUGCAAUUGUUAAUGUGUUAGCCUACCUACAUACGUGCGUAGUCGCCGUGUUUUUUAUGAAGUUCACGUCAUCUUAUAUAUAUGCCUUCAAUGCUUUACACUUCACACGUACAUGUAUUCUGAUUUUUAUUUUACAACGAGGACGUAUCUGAUUCUGCGAA